AUGUUUGACGUGCCUCAUUCUCUCCAGGGAAUUUCUGAGGCUAUCGGUGUGGCUUCAAGCACCCAUAUUUCCCAGGUGCUGAUGGCAGUGCGGGAUUUUGGCCGCGCAGCCAUUGCAAGGAAGACUCAGACGUCUGAGAAUACUAGCGAGACCAAUGCCAGCAUCACCGUCAUCCUUUGCUGCGGGCAAAUGGCAAUCGGGGCACGGCAGGAUGAGCUCCCCCUUUUUAUAGACCAGUUAACACAGGAGCUCCUCUUCCAAUUCCAGAACAGCAGGAAGAACGAGGAUUUGAAGAAGAGCUUUAUGAAGGCAGCAACUUUAACAACCAAGGCGCUUGUGCAGUCGAAUGUGGGACAUGUCACCUUCCCCCACAAAGAGGAGCUCACCUUCUGCAUCAUAGAGGUUAUCAGAGAGCAGCCAAUGGCAUCAAUCACCAACCUGCACGAGGCAAUGGAAAACAUCAUUCGCCUGACUGCCUUGAGACCAUACAUGGACCCUCUGACCCGCUCUCAGCUGGUACAAAAAAUCACCCAGAAGGUCUUCCAGUUGCCAUCCUUGCAGGUUAUGAAGAUCAAAGCUGGGAGCUCGGUCAAAGCAACACCGAGCCAGGACUGUUAUCAAGAAACCGUGUACAUCUGGCUCAACAUGCUCACCAGCUUGCUGUCAGAGGCCCCCUCUCUGAAGACGCUGCAGGAGAUAUUAAUGCACAUAAAAGGCUGGAUUGACUCCACAAAAAUCAGUGAGCGGCAAAGAGCAGUCAAGACCACCAACGCACUCCUGAAAUAUGUCUCCGAGCAUCUGGACUUUGAUGUUUCGGGUCCAGAUUCACAGCACUUACAGGAGAGUAAGACUGUGAAAGACUGUGAAAGGUAUGUGGAGAAAAGUAAGGCUUUUCGUUGCCGCGGCAGAGCCUUUGAUGUCCGGCAGGCUAAUUUAGCCUGGGAGUCGAGCCAAGCAGGCCUCAAGAUUUAUGAGCUGCCAAGAUAA